UGCGCCGCGCUCACUCACUCGUUCGUACCCGCUCCAGGCAGACGCACGUCGCGCGAUACGUCAGAAACGGAAAAGGCUUCGGACUGCCCCUCGACGAGCGCCCCAUCGGGCUCCCGAGUCACAGUGUGUGCGAGCCCCUAGAGCAGCCAAGCAGCCAGCAUCAGCCAGUCAGCACCAGCAGCCAGCCAGCAUCAGCGUUCGUCGUCCAGUCGCCUUCCUGAUAAGCAGCAAACGGUGUAGAAAGUAAAGUUGGAAACCAAAACACGGUACAAAAGAAGCAACAUUUAGCACGUUUGCUGCUCGAAGAUGGUGAACAUUUUGGCCCCCAUCCGCGACUUACGGUGUGCGUGAGCGACAGUGUGGGACGGGGGGCGAGUGAAAGGGGGUCGGGGAAGCCAUCCGAAAGGAAGACGGCAUCCGACUGGCUGACCCCGCAGAAGAGGGCCCAAGUUGCGUGCGGGUUUUGUUGGCCAAAAAACUGUUGCUUUGGCGGUGUGCGAAGUGCGCGCGCGUGUGUGUUUAUGUGUGGUUGUGUCUAGUGUUUGUGUGCCUCGGCCGCGGUUGUGUAUGUGCGCGUAAGUGAAAACGCUCCUCUCGUCGUGCUGGAGCGCGAGGCGGUGCAAAGGGAACCCUGUGGCCAGCAGGCCGCCAGAUAAAAGCAGCACAAGAAGUAAUAACAAUAAUAAGCACAUCCCAGGCUCCCGUCCAUCAGCAGCCACGAAGAGCCCACUCUGCGGCCGCCUGCGUGUUUGGCCGCCAUUCAGCAUUCCCAGGCAGGCCGCGUCUCGACGCACCUGUGAAGGACGUAAGAAUUGCCAAAAAACCUCAACAAUCAACCGCAACGCAAGGCGACGCAGACGGACAAACCCCUUGGUCUAGUCAACAUAGAAGUGUAGCUGCAAGGGAAGCAACGAAGUUGUUCGCCGGAUUCGUGGGGCUGCUUAAUUUAGCUUAAUUGCGUCCAUCGAGCCAGUCCGGGCAGCGAACGCCUACAACCACGAAGGUUUGGCUGUCAGCUUCCGUUUCUCGCCACAGGCCUCUACUAUCAAACGACCAUCAGAGUCAACACAGCCGAGCCGAGCCGCCAACCUGCCAUGCUGGAGGCAUGCUGAAGACAGCCCAUGUCCGUGCCGAACCAUACGCUGAUGUGGCUGAGGUUGUAGACGGAUCGAUGCUCGCAAACGACACCGGAACGGAAGGAGUCACGUCAAUUCAAACCCUAUUCGUACGCACAACGCCUCGGAGGUGUACCGCUAAACCCCGCAGCUGCACCGUCAACAACACGUCCACACUUCCCACUGGCACGAGCAAGCCGAGGCUAGGCGGCUAAGAGGAUCUUCGACUGAGUACAGUGUGCGAUCAAAAAAAAAAGAAACCACCACAGAACAACUCCCUCCAAUUGAAAACCACAACACAAACAAACAGCGAAAGAAAACAGAGUGCAAUAGCAUUAAGCGUCUGAAGUAACCCAAAGCCGCGCAAAGGUUCGACGAAGUUCUGAGUCCUACUUCCCGACAGGAGCGUUGUGAAUAAUGAAACAGAUCAAUGUGUCCGUCGUGGGUCUCUCCGGGGUCGAGAAGGACAAGGGGCAGCUGGGCGUGGGCAAGUCCUGCCUGUGCAAUCGGUUCGUGCGCCCCAAGACAGACGAUUACGCGAUCGACCACAUCUCGGUGCUGAGUCAGUCGGACUUCAGCGGGCGCGUAGUGAACAACGAUCACUUCCUGUACUGGGGUGAGGUGCGCAAAACGUCCGAGGAGGGCGUCGACUACAACUUCAGCGUGAUCGAGCAGACCGAGUUCGUGGACGAUGCCACCUUCCAGCCGUUCAAGGUGGGCAAGAUGGAGCCGUACAUCAAGCGGUGCGCGGCCAUCCGGAUGUCGUCGCAGGAGAAGCUGAAGUACAUCUGCAAGAACCAGCUCGGCAUCGAGCACGAGUACGAGGAGGUGGUGCUGCCCGAGGGCCGCUUCCUGGUGGACGGGUUCGUGUGCGUGUUCGACGUGAGCGUCGUGCCGAACCGGACGGUGGAGAAGCAGGUCGAGUUCGUCACGCAGAUCAUCAACAACGUGCUGAAGAACAAGAAGCCGGUGGUGCUGGUGACGACCAAGAACGAUGACGCGAGCGAGCUGUACGUGCGCGAGGCGGAGAAGAUCUGCUCGCGCAAGGAGUACAAGGGCCAGAUACUGCUGAUCGAGACGUCCGCGCACGAGAGCAUCAACAUCGACCUGGCGUUCAUCGUGCUGGCGCAGAUGAUCGACAAGGCGAAGCAGCGCUCGAAGAUACCGUCGUACGGCGAGGCGGCCAAGCAGCGGACCGACCUGCUCACCACCAGCACCGAGUUCGUGACGCGCCUGAUACGCACGCAGAUCACCGACCACCGCUCGAUCUGGACCACCUCGUCGAAGAAGCUCGCCAGCCACCGGGAGUGGAACGACUUUCUCGAGCUGUUCGGCAAGGAGGCCGGCCAGCGCAUCUUCCGGCGGCACAUCAAGAAGCUGCGCGAGGACUACCAGUCGAAGAAGCUGCAGAGCUACAUGGACUCGUUCGCGUGCGUGCUGCAGGAGAUCCUGCCCGACAUCAACAGCAUCAACAUCGAGCUGGACAGCUUCAACGACUGGGCGUCGAUACGGGGCUACUUCCGCAACCACAUCGACUACGAGCAGUACUUCUUCGACGCGGUCGAGCGCGGCGGCAGCUGGGCCGAGCUGAGCGACAUGAGCGACAUGGAGGACGAGAACCGGAUACCGUUCGACAUCCUCGACACGCCCGAGGCCGAAACCGUCUUCAAGAACCACAUGAACGCGCUCCAGCAGGAGCAGAAGCGGCUAGAGUGGAAGAAGCAGUUCAAGAAGCUGCUGGAGGAAACCGGCUACGUGACGCCGGGCAAGCAGCUGUCGGAGGUGCGCGUGCUGUUUAUGGGCCGCGAGUGCUUCGAGGCGCUGUCCGAGCACGACUGCCAGCAGAUCUACGACAACCACCAGCGGGAGCUGGUCGAGUCGGCCAAGCACAACUUCCAGGAGCUGCUGAUGGAGCACGCGGACCGGUUCUACCACUUCAAGAACAUCGAGCCGUCCGGCACGAUCACGCAGAACGACAUCAAGGAGAUCACCGACGUGCUGCAGGAGGACCUGCGCUACAAGCUGCUCGACCGGCUCGACCAGGACCGGAAGGUGAUGCUGUUCCAGCACCUCGGCUUCGUGCACUGCCCGAUCCGGGAGCACUGUCCGGCCUUCCCGAACUGCAUGGACGCGCUGAUCGAGCGAAUACUGAUCGCGAACCAAAACCUACCAAACCCUCGGUUCGCGCAGAAGGAUGGCCAGUUGCAGCUGAACCUGAUAGUGAUCGGGCUGGACUACAUCGCGAACGACUUCAUCGACAAGAUCCACCAGAACUGCAACGACAACGGAGAGUACAUCUUCGACGGCCAAGUGUACGGGCUGAACAUCGAGACGAUCAACCGGGACAACGAUUCGUUCUCGUUCGAGCUGCAAUCGAAGGGGCUGAUCUGCUGCUACUCGAACCGGGCGACGUUCCAGUACGUGUACGAGGUGCUCGAUCGCCUGCUGGUCGACAAUCUCGACUUCAAGGACAGCGUCAACAAUCUGCACAUCGUGUUCAUGAGCGACGAGAAAAACGGCCAGAGCACGCUGCACCAGCUGCAGGCGGAUGGGCAGUCGCUGGCGGAGAAGCUGCACUGCGUGUUUAUCGACGAGAACGAGUUCUACGUGUCGCAGCAGCAGGCCAAGUUCGUCGACACCACGCUGAACAGCGUGAUCGAGUCGAUUCCGUUCGAGGACCUCAAGUACGGGCUGGCGCUGCACGACCUGCCCGAUCUGCGGCUGAUCAUGUGCAUCUUCUGCGGCGACCCGUUCUCCGUCGAGACGCUGCUGAGCGCGAUGAUGCUGGAGCAGUCGUGCGUGAGCGCGGGCGAGCGUAACAUCAUCUUCGAGAUGUUCCUCGGCGACUCGAAGCGGCGGGUCGAGCUGAUCCUCUCGUCCUACCACGGCGCCAACGCGUUCCGCGACGACCUCAUCCACGGCUUCAUCCUGCUGUACUCGAGCAAGCGGAAGGCGUCCCUGUCGACGCUGAGCGCCUUCUCGCUCAACAUUCCCAACCUGCCGAUGCAGAUCGUGGCCGUGUCGGAGCAGGGCGGCGCCAAUGCGUUCUUCGCCAGCGAGCUCUCGCAGCUGCUCAUCACCGAGGGUAACGCGAUCGCGGACAAGCUGCGGGCCCACUUCGCCACCGCCUCGGACGACGACGGUCAGUUCCGGUUCGCCUCGUUCGCGCCCUUCCUGAAGGAGGUGUGGGACAAGAAGCCGGAGAUCGAGCACGCGUUUAACAUGGAGGAACCGCUGACGAUCGACUCCGGCGAGGGCACGAUGGAGCACUCGAUGCACCAUCACCACCAGCAGCAGGUGCCACAGCCGCCGCCCCGGUACGAAAGCUACCUCAUCAACGGUUCGUCCACCACCUACCGUGGGGGCAGUGGCGGUGGCGGCGGGGGACCGCUCCACCCGCACCACGCCCAGCAGCAGCAGCAGCAGAUGCACCCGCAUCAACACCAGCAGAAGAUGUCCCAGCAGCUGUUCGACAACCGCUCGAUCAACUCGCUCGACGAUCUCGACAGCCUCAAGCAGCAAGCGCAGCAACACCAGCACCAACAGCAGCUCCACCAUCACCAGCAGCAUCAGCAGCAGCAGCAGCAGCAGCAGUAUAGCAAUAUGUACUACUACGAGGACAGCAGCGACUUCGACAAGGGUGGCAGCAACCAGGGCUUCCAAAUCUACCCGCCACCGACGACACCACCGGAGCCGGCACCGCCCGAUCAUCUGCUGACACCGUCGUCCAUCCUGCGCCAGCUGAAGGCCAACACCGUCUCGCAAUCCCAGUCGAGCCUGGAGGAGAUCAAUUCAGCCGACGUCAGCGGAUCCAAGGACUCGAUCAACACUUACGAUUCAGGCUGGCUGGACGAUGGGUUCCUCAUCCAGAAGCAGGACAACAAGCAGAGUGAAGAUCUGUGGAAGAACGUAAACGCGCACCACGCGUUCACCACCGGUCGCCGGCCGAAUCAGUCGUCGUUCGCGAAGAAGAUCCGCCCGAAGGGCCCGAGCCAGACGCUGAAGCAGCCGGGCAAGCUGAACCUGAAAAGUUUCGCCAUCGUCAACGAGGCGAUUGCGCGGAUGAACAUCGGUGGUGGAGGUGGCGGAGGGCCGGGUGGCGAUGGUGGGGCGGCUACCGGCAACAACCACCCCGGCAUGGGCAUCCCGAUGACGGAGAAGGAGAAGAAGAAGGCCAAGAAGUUGCUGCAGCAGCAGCAGCAGCUCGAGCACGCGCCGCUCGCCGCACCGGAGGACGACAGCGAGGAGUACGAGGACGAGGCCGGCUACGAGCAGAUCAACGACGCGUUCAGCGACGCGGUCAACAAUGUGGCGAGUCAAUUAUUUACCACCUUCUCCUCCGGCACCGGCGGCAGCGCUGGCCAGGGCGGCUCCGGACCAGGCGGUCACGAGAUGGGCACCAACAAGAACAAGCUGCGCCAGCGAAGGGAGAAGGAGCAGAUUUUCAACAUCCAAGAGUACUCGGACUCGGAAAGCGACUCCAGCUCGCUGGAACGUAAGCGCUCGAACGAUGGCUACUCGAAGAUCAACCGCAAGGCGCAACCGCACAAACGACACCGCAAGAAACGCACCGCCAUCCCGGUGCAGCCGCCGAAGAUCCCACUCGGACCGUUCGGUUCGUCGGCGGGUGGUCCGGGUGGCGGCGCUGGCGUCGAGCUGCUGGGCGGUGGCAGUGGCAGUGCCCUCAGUUCGGCCCUCGGAAUGCCCAUGAUGUACCAGAAGCUGAAGAACGAGCCGGGCAGCGGGAUGGAGAAGCCGGAGCGACCCGCCGAGCAGGACGAGUCGAGCGUGGACGUUUCCUCGCCGCGCGACAACAACUCGCCGAUCUUCGGUGUGCUGCCUAAAGGUGGCGAGCGCGAGAAGCUCAUCACGAAGCAGAAGAACUGGUUCGGCAAGGAGAUCGACACGAGUAGCAAGAGCAGUAAGGAGUCGAAGGACGCGCGCAGCAGCUCGAAGAGCGGUGGCAAGAACUCGAAGAACAGUGCGGCCACCGGUGCGCAGGCCCAGCAGGCGGCCCUCGCCAGCCUGAAGCAGUCGGACAAGGUACCGCUGGUGCCGCUGUUCGUAGAGAAGUGCGUCAAGUUUAUCGAGCAGGAGGGGCUCGACUCGGAGGGCAUCUACCGCGUACCGGGCAACCGGACGCAUGUGGACCUGCUCAACCAAAAGUUUGCCGAAGACACGGACGUGGACAUCGAGAAGCUGGACAUACCGGUCAAUGCGGUCGCGACUGCGCUGAAGGAUUUCUUCGUCAAGCGCCUCAAGGGUCUGUUCAGCGCGGAGAUGAUGAGCGAGCUGGAAGAGAUCGCUGGCUCGCGCCCCCUGCAGUCGAUUACCAGCCUUAACAUGGAGGUGAAGGCGGACCGCAGCUGCCGGCUGAUAUCGCUUCGGGCGCUGCUGAACAAGCUGCCGCCAAACAACUUUGCGAUACUGAGCUACAUCUUUCAGCACUUUGUUAGGGUGUCGGAAAACUCCAAACUGAACAGCAUGGAUAGUAAGAAUCUCGCCAUCUGCUGGUGGCCAACGCUCCUGCCGAUCGAGUUCACCGAUAUGAUGCGCUUCGAGACGAUGCGCCCCUACCUGGAGGACAUCGUGCAGACGAUGAUCGACCAAUACCCGUUCCUGUUUCGCGGCGAGGAAGCGUUCGUGAUGGUCUGAUGCGAGUAAGGGCCGCGCGCGCGUCGUCGCCCGGAUGCCGCUCGUUGCCGCCAAACGCCAACGCUGCUACUCCCCCAUCGUCUUCUGCUGCUACUACCAUCGCUCCCGCUGCUACCGCUUGCGUAGCCGAGCUGCAGCCAUAAUAAUCUCGUCCCAUAAGUGCAGCGCGCGAAACUCCUUCGCUGCGGAAGAGGCUUGCGCUGAGCAAUGUAGAUUGCGUGCACUUGAGGAGAAACUAGGUCGAUCUGAAAACACAACGUACUCACACGCAAACACUUACCCAAACUCCCUAAUUGCAACACGCCCAAUCGUACAAUAUCUCCUACAUAUUCGUAUAUGUGCAUGACAAAUGUUAAAUACACAGGUUAUAUUGAUAUAUAUUAUAUAUUAGAGCAAAACAAAAAAAACAAUGAUUGUAACCUCCUGUGUCAAUGUUAAGAAACGAAAUCCCAUAUUGAAAAUCCCUUUGUCAAACAAAUACUGUAGGAAACGCAACGGAAACGAACGCAAAGGGAGGACGAAACACGGACGCAAUAGCUCCGAUUGAUGAAGGAACGGUUCGUUUAGAUCAGAUGUUUAACGCGGCGUAUGUGUGUGUGUGUGCACAACACACCACCUUCCCUUCCGGUAUCGGUAUCGACCCGAUGCAUUGAUGAUGCUAAUUCGUGUGCCACCGAGAAGGAAUCUUUCCGAGAAAGAGAAGAAACAUAACCACACACGCGCACUGAUGAACUAGCGGGAAAGAGGCACUGCGGAAACAAAGUUAAAAAGAAAGGGCGGUUAGCAAAAGCCACACUCUAAAAGAAUCGAACAAAACUUUGCACUUUAGCUUUAAACUGUAUUUUUUAAAUAUUUUUUUAAAUUGUCAGUAUUGUUAGCUCCCUCGAACAGAAAGCGGUUAGAUUUAAAACAAAAAAAAAAAGGUAAAUGAGUAAGAUAAGCUAACAAUUGCAAAAAUAAAUUAACAAAAGAUCAAACCAUAACGAGUUCGCGAGUUAGAGAAGGCUGCGGUAGGGUGGAGGAGGAGAACAGGAUAAUUAUGAAAUAGGAGAACAAACACACUCUAGUUAGGAAUUCAUAAAUGCACCAACAGCUUGCUGCUGCUAGCACACGUGUAAGAGAGUAAUAAGGUGAUUCGCCAAAAACGUUAAAGCUAGGCAACACGUUCACCCUCCCCAAAGGAACAGUAUAUAUGUGUGUGUAUGUGUGUGUUCGUAUAUGUUCAGCAUUUGUUGGUUGCUUUUUUAAAUAAGCUACUAGCGUACGCUACUGCAUGAUAUUUGGUUUUAUUAGUUUUAUUUUGCAUUAUUUAAACGCGAGCACGGUUGCUUCGCGUACCGAUUGGCUCAAUUUGUGAAACUGCAACCUAUUCCGUGACAUAUGUGAGAUUAAUCGUAAACUAAUUAUUGCAUUUAGUCGCCAAGGGAAGGAUGCUUCCUUGCGUGCGGUCAGCGAAAGAUUUGACGCGCUAAGUAGUAGAUUUUCUAAAGAAACCAAGUGUAGAGGAAGAAGAAUAACGAAGCAAAACCGCAAGACAAAAAAAACCGUCCGGCGGGGUGUGUGGCAGGUGUAUAUUGUUCGGCUUAGUUGUACAUCGUUCGGGAUGGGCGCGAAUGUUUAGGGAUUGGCAGCAGGAGUAAGAAUCGGAAGUGUUGUAGCGCUUGAAAGAUUUCAUCAUUGCACAGUAUUCGCCCAUAGUAAGGGAGUCUACUAUCGGAACACGCUCGGAGGCACGCUUACACGUAAGAAACUAGGCAGGAAUAGUCGAACCAGCUCGACAGGCGGAGGGAGGGAAUCGAAGCUAAAUAAUAUUAACCAAGUCAAUCGGGAUGCAGCGCCACGCAUGUGCAUUUACAUUGCAGCGCGAUGUGUUGCAAUCCAUGUUAGUUUCAUUUUAACUCCGUGCAAAUAUACCGCGGUUGACCCAAGGGAAGUUAGAAUAGCAAGCACGCGGGGAGGCAAGCUUGCUUAUUUGCGUUCUCCCAUAGAGGGCAGCAAACACGGAGAAUGGCUCUGCUCCUCCUCCCUCUCGGACACACAGACACACAAAAGAUUCCCUUUUCUCUGUCCCCGCUUUCUAUGUCACUGUCUUUAUCAUCUACCGUUGAUGUGUUGAUAUGAAUGCAAGAGCAGAAGGUUAAAAUUAAAGUAUUAGAAUUUAACAAAAUAAAACUGAAAUGAAAAUGCACCGAAAGCGGGCACGAAGACGGGACACCUAUCGCCCAGCAGUUACAAAUUUCACUAUACCAUCGAUUUACAAAUGCCACAGACAUUGUUUUUAACUCACACACAACAAACAGAAGGAAAAAUGGGAAAACAUAACUCCUGUAAACAGUUUGCCGAACAUCAUCCUACCGAAACGUAAACUUAAACGAAACCCAGUUGAAAAACAGAAUCAGUAUUUUUCUCGCGUUUGUGCGUGCAACCAAAAAACAAACCACAAGACGAACGUGAACGAAGAACAAUUAAUCUUCCCUAAAAUCGUUACCCAACGUCGGAAGGCAUGUUAGAGCAAGUAUUUAUUAUGCUUUCAUUCAUAAAGGAAACAAAACUCUACGGACUCUUGAACAACCGUGCGUGUGGCACGCCAAUUAUAGAUAUAUCUAUACACAAAAUUUAUUUCAUGCAGCAUCGAUCAGCAUUAGAAGCGAGGAAACGAAAGGAAGAAAUUUAGAGAGACGUGAUAUAAGACACAGAAACCGGAUAGUAGGAAACGAAACAGAAUGAGUCGAGACGGAUUAGAGAAACAAACGAACCGACGCCAUUAUUUUCGGUUCUAGUCUGCCCUUGAAAAAAAAGGCCCGAAAUCGGAAAAACAACGCUAUCAAUCCCCCCUUCCCCACCCUCCCACCCCCGCCCCUUCAACCCCCGGAAGGGCCAGAGUGUCAUGUGUUAGGAUAAUAUAAGAUGCAAAACAGCAAAACUGUAUUAGUAUAUGUGUGCAACGGUGGGGGAUCGACAUUGCCCGAUCGCCAAUGUUCGUCGUGUUGUAUGUGUAUUUAAUGCUGCAGUAUGGUUUAUGUAUCGUUUCAGUGCGUCUGCUUCAUGUUGGGUGCACCGUUUCACACGAGGUGUACGAGGAGGAAAAACAGGAAAAGAAGUUGAUGUUGAAAACUGCAAAAAAAAACAAAAAUGUGAAAAAGAAAAUGGUCGUAGAAAAGUGAAAAGACAAGUGAAAAACGAAAGCGUGCUCUGCACACCAGACCGUACAUACCCAUUCUAUUGCAACUGAAAACCGACCUGUAAACAAUUAUGUGGUGAUAUAAACGUAAACUAUAAAUGGAUAUAUUAGGUAUAACAUAUGAAUAUAUAUAUUUUUUGUUUUAGUUUGUAGAGUCUGUUGCGCUAUUUGCUAUGAUGAUGAACGCAUCCAGUAGCCACUUCCCCCGGUCGGAUUCGUCUAGCAGAGCAAACUGUAGCUGGGCAGAUAGGUGAAAGAAACACGUAAAGGCAAAACGAGGUAGUUGAGGUAGCACGGGAAGCACAUCCUGCACUCGAAUGCUCGAAUGAUGCUGGCAAACUAGUCGGAGUGGGUGCAGCGUUUUUGCGGCGCGCAUAUUUGUUGGAACGUUUCGAUUCUAUCCCCUUUUUUUCGCUCGCUCAAUUGCUUCUUAGUGUGGUGGUUGUAAGAUUUGCUGCUCUGUUUGAUCGUUUUGUCGCGCACUCCCUCACGGUGGAUGGUUCUUAGUAAAGGUUCUCGAGUGGCGGCUCAACCGCUCUCCUCGUCCUGGCUGCAGGACGUAUGUAUGUAUGGCAAACGAGAAGAAAAUGUGAAAUAUAAGACAAGGGAAGAACGAAAAGCAUGCGGAAGAGUAAAGCAUUGCAAUUAGGAAACGUUUAGCACCGUUCUACAAUGCGGAAAUGGAAGGAUAAGAAACGAGCGAACACUUUUUUCCACGCUUGCUUUCCCCACUCUCCCCCUGGGGGAUGCAAAACAAACCACUACUAUGCUAAAUUGGUGUAUAGAACGGGUAAGGAGGAACACUACCGAAGGACACAGUCACAAAAGAAGCCACCCCCUAAACACACUGCACACGAAAAAAAACGAAACAAACAAAAACGAAUACUCGGACAUGUUAUCACUUAAUCACUAACUCUCUUCCUUUCACACACUCUCUCUCUCUCUUUCUCGAUCUCACUUCGUCUAUCUUCACCACACCAGUUUUCCACUUCUUUCCCCGUUGUGCUGUUGAAUGUUUGAAUGCCUUUUAACGUGUAAAGUAUUGCUAGCGGUAAACGUCUGUUCAUCCUAUGCCGUAUCGAACAAAAAAAAAAAAAGCACUAUCCGCCGUAACUCUACUGCACACAACAACACACACAAAACCGAAACCUAUCCAUCCUGUACCCUAUUGCCGGUCCAGUCCGCCGACGACCCUGGCCAGCAGCAGGGUCGGAAGAAAAACAAAACAAAAACUCACCGACCAAACGCGAAAUGGUUCUAUUUGCCUUUGCCGCCGCGAGUCCAAACGGAACAUAAAGGAAAAACAAAAACUAAAAGAGUGUUGAAAGUCAUUUAAAAAACAAAAAAAAAAAGCAAAACGCUACAUACAACCAUACACAUACAACAUAGACUAACAAAUUCACGCCCAGAGUUGGGAAAAUAUUGGGGAAGAGAAAAUGUUAAAGUGACAAAUUUUGCUUUUUGUGCCAUUACCAUUCAAUUUCUGAAGGAAGGAAAGGAAAACAAAUUAAAUUAAACUUGAAUAGUUUAAAAAAAAAGGGGGGCGGGAAAGCAGACGAACGUCGUCGUCGUCGACAUGUAGACACUACACCAACCUAAAACAGCGGGCAGCGCCAAACCGAAAGCGGAAGCGGAAGAAGAGUAAAAACGAAACAAAAAAAAACUAAGGAAAACGAAUAGGAACUAGAUGCAGCGUCAACAUUAAAAAAAAAAAAAACAACGCGCGCAACACCGUGAUCGACCGAUUUGAUAAGUUUAGGUAAGGUAAACCGGGAUCCGGGCG